CUAUAGUGCUUGUUUACAAACUGAUUCCAAUCUUAGAAACUAAUUUUUUUCCUUUCAUCUUUAAUUUGUCAGAAGAAAAAAAUACCGGAAAUGGCACCAAAAGGACCGAACAAAGUCACUGACAGAAUUAAAACCGGAUGCAUUCUGGAUCCUGAAGGCUUUCUCAAACAACACCAGCACUCAGAUGUUGCAAGAAAGAUCAUAGAUGCAUUCCAGGACUGCGGUUUAAUGAAAUUCCUUGCUUUUCCUUACAGUAGUGUACAAAAGGAGGAAGUUCUAGAAUGGUAUCUUCAUGCAAAGGUAGAGGCCGACUAUAUCUCUUCAACGGUCGGAGAGAAACCAGUUACAAUCACAGCCAACGAUAUCAGGGUAGCCUUUGCCCUACCAGAAGCCACAGAGAAGGACUUCACUUCUCACACCUUCGACCAUGAAACGUUCUGGGCCGAAAUAAAAAAUGAGAAGCAGGCUGAUGAAAUUAAUUUCAGAGGUAAGAAGAAGGAUCUUCUAAACCCUGUUUUUGAAAGGGCAAUAGACAUCAUAUAUAAAUGUCUUGAGAGCAGAGUGGCCGGAGUUGACGAUGUUACUCCCGACAAGAUUAAACUCCUAAGUGCCAUUAUGAACAAUAUCAAGUGUAACUGGGCACGCCAUAUUUACAACUGCCUAUGUCAUUUUGUCCACAAGGCAUCUGUGAAGUCCGGAGACAAAGAGUUGCGAUACAAUUGUCCCGCGUCUACGACUAGUGGCAAUGAUUUGUCCAGCUGCAGCUGCAACUCCGUGACUCGAAAUGGAAACGUGGUGGCAGUGAUGAUAUUUGAGGGCUCAGAUGGUGAAGAUGAUGAUAUGUUGUAUGAGGCUAAUGUUGAUGACACCUUGGAGUUUGGUGAGGUUGGCCUUAGAUCAUCCAAGUGUGUGCCCGAGAAAGAGAUCAUAGAAGAAUUACUUGUAAUGGGGAGUGAUGACGAUAGUUUGGCAGACAAUGACGAUGAGGAAGAGCCUAAAGCACUGAAGGACCUCUUAUGGGAGGCUGCUAAGGCUACUACAGUUCCAGACUUUGAAUUAGUCUUAAGUGAGAUAGAGGAAGAAAAUGUUAGUGCGUACACACCAAAGGCAGGAAGGCCCAAGAAGAAACGAAAGAAGUCUGCAGGUGAGAUGUCUAAGGAUGGGAAGAAGAUAAAUCCGGCUAGGUUGUCUCGCAAAUGCGGGAGGUGUAUCCGAGUUGGGCACAACAAGAAGACGUGCCCCGAUGACCUGACAAUUAUGUCAAAACAGGCUGUUCUAAAGCAAAAGAAGAAGAAGAUGAAGCCAAAAAGGAAGAUGCAUGAGGAUCCUUCAACUACUCAACCUCAUGAUGAUGUUGAUAUGCCAAAUGAGGCAUGGUGGGAUCAAGUUUCUCUUGUAGCAGAUCAGCACACCCCCAUUAGUGAAGUUGGGCAAUCUCAAGUUACACAAGAACUAUUACCCACCCCUGCACUCCGUUAGAAGUAGACUAAGUAUAUUGAUGUAAUACAUAUCUGUGUGAUAUGUACUUUUUGUAAUGGAUUUGGAUUUUGAAAAACAUUACCAAAUCAAAACAUAGUGCAGGCUAUAUACAUUACUCACUAGGGCAGUUUGAUGUUUUUGUUUUUUGUCAUGGAUUUGUCAAAUGCACCUUACAACUCCCAUGCCUUCUUUUGUCAAAUGCACCUUACAAUUCUCCUGCCCUCUUUGAUAUUUUUUAUCAAAUUAAAAGCAUUUGUUUCCU